AACGAGGAAAGAAACGUAAGCAAAAUAACUCUGAUUACAAAUGAGACGCCAUAUAUGUGUUAUCGGUCAUAAAGAGUGGAAAGCGGUUUAAAACAACAACUUCCGAUUUCCUUUUCGGCCAUUACGGUCUUAAGCAGAAGACGUUAAACGAGGAGUGAAUGUUCCCGUGAGAUGUUUGAACAUUUUAUUACAUUAGCUCGAAGGUGGAGCUGAAGAUAAUAAAAAGAUCUAUUGUACGAAGAUAAAUAGUAUCGAAAAGUAAAAGAUAUCGGAGUAAUUAAGUCACAAAAGGUUAUGUCGUUCGUAUUCAAUGUGCCAAUUGAUGAUGGCGGUUGUUUUAUUCACGGUCAUACGGUGCGUUUAAACGUAGCGCCGCACGCGCCUUUGCGUCACGUGGUGACCACCCACGUUUCGGGUUGUAAGUAAACAAGGAGAAGGAAAAGAACAAUAAUAUUAGUGCGAAGUAACGACGCAUGUACAUACACACGUAUGUACGUUCUACAUGAAGAUUAAAUAAUAAUACACAAUAAGUAUUACGUUAAUUGACGACGUGCGUGUGUUUGCGUGCGUAUUCGUUUCCUGAUAUCAAAUUUUUAACAAAUUCAACUAAAGAACAAGAUUCAAUCGAGUCAGAUAAUAUAAACAUACGCACUGUUAUUUCGUAACCCAAAGAAACCGUUUAUUUCGUGAUGACGAGAAUAAUGUAUAUAUGUAUGUAAAUUGUUUAAGUGUGUGUGCGUGUUUACGCUUUAUCCUCUCGUCUCCCCCCUAUACGUCGUGUGUAUGAUGUGUAUAUUAUAUAUAUCCUGUUAUUAAUAUAUAUAUAUAUAUCUAUAUAUACACAAAGCCGAUUACAACAUCAUCGGGACGUAAAGAACAAAAAAGGUUUCAUCGACGUAAGAAGAGAGCAGCUGAACUUAUUGAAAAAAGACUCGAAGAUAUUUUGAAAAGGUUGUACAAGACCGGGUUGAAAAAUGAUGUCAUCUUUUACGACGGAGCACGAGAGCGACGCGUGGGCCCUCCUGGCACUGAAGUCGGCACCGGCCAGUCCGACGAAAAUGCAGUGGAAUCCAGAAGCUAAGGGUGCACCGAUCGCUAGACUCGAAGGUCGGGAAUUCGAGUACAUGGUUAGGCAGAGACGCAUCACCAUCGGUCGAAACAGCAGCAAGGGUGAGGUCGACGUCAACAUGGGCCACUCCAAUUUUAUCUCCCGCCGACAUCUCGAAAUAUUCUACGAUCAUCCCUUUUUCUUUAUGACCUGCAAUGGCAAGAACGGCGUCUUCGUCGAUGGCGUGUUCCAACGUAAAGAUGCAUCUGCCUUUCAAUUGCCAAAAACAUGCACCUUUAGAUUUCCAAGUACAAAUAUAAGACUUGUAUUUCAAUCUUUGGUGGAUGAACAAGAACAAGGUAAUGUACGUGUACCGUCUCCUCCUAAACUGAGAGUACCACUACCGCCUCUACGUAUAAACAUACCUGACACGGGAUAUAGUAGUCCCUUUCCUUCUCCUACGGGAACCAUAAGUGCUGCUAACUCCUGUCCAGCUAGUCCACGAGCAGGUCAGGGUAGAAGAAAUAUAUCUGCGGAUUUACAAAUGGUAGCAGCAUAUGCAGCAGCAGUUGCAAAUGAUCCACAAAAUUCUGGAAUGGAAAGGCACGAAGGAGCUCAAAGUUCUAGUAGACAAAUCAGUCCUGAACCAGGGAAUGAUCAACGUUACAGAGGUAGUGGUAGUUCGGGACCAAAUGGUACAACUGCACAUUAUAGUCCACCAAAAGAUGAUACCAAGCCUCCUUAUUCAUACGCCCAACUUAUAGUUCAGGCUAUUGCAUCUGCAUCUGACAAACAAUUAACUUUAUCGGGCAUUUAUUCGUAUAUAACAAAACAUUAUCCAUACUAUAGAACAGCUGAUAAAGGCUGGCAAAAUUCUAUUAGACAUAAUCUAUCAUUAAAUCGAUACUUUAUAAAAGUACCAAGGAGUCAAGAGGAACCUGGGAAAGGUUCUUUUUGGAGGAUAGACCCACAAUCAGAAGCUAAGUUAAUAGAACAAGCUUUUAGACGAAGAAGACAACGCGGUGUACCCUGCUUCCGUGCUCCAUUUGGAUUAUCCUCAAGAAGCGCACCUGCAUCUCCGUCACACGUGGGAAUUAGUGGUUUAAUAACACCAGAAUGCCUGAGUAGGGAAGGUUCCCCAGGACCUGAAACAUAUCCUGAUAAUUCUGUUCCUUCUCCAGCUGGUCAUCUUACGAGUCAGUCUGCACCAGGAUCACCAGGACAUCCAUAUGCACCGUCUUCCCAGCAAUCCCAUAAAGGGCGAUUGGUGCAGCAAAUCACUGUUGUUACUAAUGGUGUAAGUGGAGACGCAGCGAGGGAAGAUAAAUAUUUGGUGCCUGGAAACAUAGUAGAGGAGCAUUCUUUAUCUCCAGCUGGACAGUAUAGCCCAGCUCCUGUUAUUGUACAAACAACAUAUAAUUACAGUGGAAACUUUAUUGGCCCUGACGCAGGCGUUGGGGUUGGCAAAAGAGCACAUGAUGAAUCAGAUAGUUCGCCCGGUUCUCCAGCUCCUCUUGCCAUCGUUGAAAGUCCUGAGCCUCUGGAACAUCAACAAUUACAACAACAGCAGUCAAAACGUCAACGUGUGCACGACGUUGAUGAUCAUUGAACUUAUUAUUCUAGAAUCCCACUUCGUAGAACAUUAUUACAUUACAUUAUUUGCCUAUUACCAGACACACAGCCAAGUUCUCUUUUCCUUUUAACGCAUAACUGCUUCGAACAGCACACGGCGGAGUAAAAUAUUCGGUUAUAUAUCUUUAAAAGAAAGAAAAAAAAAAAAAAGAAAUAUGUUUUAAGAAAGGUUAAUCGUACUGUGCGUUAAUUAAAAAAAAAAAAAAGAUAAAACUUAUUUAGUUUGGACCACAUCGAGCGAGGAUUAAAAAAAAAAAAAAAAG